GCAUCUAAGUUUUUCGCUGCUUAAAAAUUUGCAACUUUCCGUAAAUUUCCUGAAAAUAACGCAAUGGAUCUCAAGCAGAUCGACGAAGAAGCCCGCCAUGCGGCGAUUAAGGAAAUUAAAAACAUGUUCCAGCGCCCCGGCCAGCUGGAAAAGGUGGAUCAAUAUCGACACCGAGUCUACAGGAAGAAGGUAUCGAUUGAAGCUAUGCUGAAGACAUGCAUGCAAAACCAGACAGACGAUGUGAAGGUCGGCGUGAAGAAGCUGCUCUCGGCACUGGAAGAUAUCGGGGAAAUCGACGAGCAGAUGAAAGGUGCAAUAUCGCAGCUGACGGACGUUCCGGCGAUCUAUGAUGCUCUGGAGGCUGUGCGGGAUGAGAAUGCCAAGCACUCGCAGUACAUGACGGCAAUGGAGAAUUUAAAACAUAUCUUUACUGUUCAGUCCAGCGUGGCAAAAACGAUGCAAUGGAUCGAGGAGGACAAGCUGCUGCACGCGCAUCAGUGCUUGUCAGAUUUGGAAAACUCCCGAGACGAUUUGCUGUUCGAGCUGCACAAGCUGCCCAAGCAGAACGCUCACGAUAAGAUAACGCUGAAGCGGUACUUUGAGAAGGUGGAAACGGUUUCGUUGACGUUGGAAAAGAAAAUCCGGUUGAUAUUGCAGCGUACGCUGAAUACGGUCCGCAAGGAGCCGACGGUGAUUGUGACCGCACUGAGGAUAAUCGAGCGGGAAGAGAAGGCAGAUGCCUUUGCUUUGCAACAGCAGAAACAGACGGGAUUUAUUCCACCGGGAAGGCCGAAAGAGUGGCGCAAAAAGGCCAUGCAGGUUCUGAACGAGGCCGUCAUGCAGCGCAUCGAAGGUUCCAAGCUGGAAGAGCGAGCAGAUAAUAAACUGUGGCUGGUUCGGGACUUGGAACUGACUAGACAGUUCCUUCUAGAGGAUCUCAGGGUGGUGAAAUCGUUGUGCGUUCCGUGCUUUCCACCGCAUUUUAACAUUUUGAAGGAGUAUGUCAGCAUGUACCAUAAUGCGCUGUCGAAAUACCUUGAAGAACUGAUUCAGAUGGGGCUGGAAGGGAACGAGUUUGUUACGAUUCUUUCUUGGAUUAUGAAUACCUAUCCCGGCCGGGAGUUGAUGCAUCAUCCUGACUUGUUUAUUGAUCUGUCGGACGUUGGGCCUCUGGUGAGUGAUGAGGUGCUCAAAGAAAUGGAAUCGGCCUAUCUGCAGACGAUGGAACGAAACUAUCAGGAAUGGAUGACCAAAACGCUGGAAACGGAGAAGGCUGAUUGGAUCAAUGGCGUCCCAGCAGACUCAGCUGAUCAGUACUAUCACACUUCGGCACCGGUUAUAAUUUUCCAGAUGAUUGAUCAGAACCUGCAGGUCACCAAUACGAUACAUUCCGAUUUGACGUUCAAUGCAUUCAUUUUAAGUAUUCAACAAGUGAUCAAGUACGGUCACAACUAUCGCGGGGCGAUUAUCGAGUACAAGGAGAGACAUUUUCGUGAUCGUAGCCAGGCACCGUUCUUUACGCAGCACAUAAUCACGAUCGUGAACAACUGUGCCCAGAUGAUGGAAAAUGCUCAGCAGAUGAAACAACUGUACUGGCCAAAGUCUAAGACCAUGCACUACGAAGAGUUUGAGCGAUUGUUGAACACGUACCAGGCUCUUCGGGACGAAGCGGGACUAUUUUUGCUCGAGGAAGCUUUUUUGGAUUUGGAGAUACCCUUCAACGAGCUGUUUACUUUGAAGUGGGUCGGAUCUUCCGUGUCCGUGGAUACGAUUUGUGUCACUUUAGAGGAUUAUUUUCAGGACUACAACCAUCUGCGGUCGACCAAUUUCGAGUACGUCAUCAACGAAGCACAGCGGCUAGUGGCCAAGCGGUACAUCAAGGCAAUGCUAUCGAAGCGACUCAACAAACCACGGCAGGAGUGUGAGAUCCUGGCAAAGAAGGUCAUCAAAGAAGCCAAGCAGAUCAAGACUUUCUUCGAAAAAGUGGCCCCGAAUGUAGCGAAAAGUGAUUCACCCAUCGACGUAAUCUCCAAUCUGGCAAACUUGCUAACGUGCGAUGCGGAAAUGUUGAUCCUUGAUCUGCACACACUGCUCUCCAGCUAUCCUUCGCUGACGGAGGAUCACGUGGUGCGUUUGUUCUACAUGCGCAUCGAUUUUAAGGCUAGCGAGGUCAAGGAAAAGGUCCACGAUGCGAUCGUGUCGAAGAAGACCACCGUUAGCCACGACAAGCAGGAUAGUAUCUUUAAGGAAAUUGUGUUUUCCGACAAGCUUUGGUAAGGGCGAGCAGGGAUUUUGUUAUUUAUUCCAUGUUGUAUGAAAU